AUGGAAUCACCAGAUGGGGUUCCAGAUGAGGGUGAAGUCACCGAAUUGAUCGAGGGCCAAAGACUGCUCUCGCAACUGCAAGCUGAGCUGCUGCUGGCACAGGCGGAAGGGGAGCUUCUUGGUGCCGAAGCAGCAGAGGACCAUGGAGCACCAUCAUCGCUGCACGCAGAGGUCGCAAGCCUUGCUACUGCGCUGUCGGAGCGCCAAGCUGAAGUUCGCAACUUGGAGGCUCGAAGGGCGCAGGCAGAAGAUGAUGUGCGGCUUGCGAGACAGCGUGUGACCACUUUUGAAGUUUGGUCCCAUGCAGCUCAUGUCGAACUUCGGCAGGUGGCCACGGAGUUCGCAGAAGAAAGGGAGGCCGAGGCCAAAGAGCAGAAAGAGGCAGCCCGGCGCUGCGCUAGCCCAAGGCCUCUUCAGGCGGCUGUGCCCCAUGGAGGCGCCUUGGAUCUGCCGCGGCCGAGAGUUUCAGAG